AUGAUGCUGAACAGCUUAAAGCAGCUGAGCCUGGCCUUCAUGCUUCUUCUAGGCUUCAUGUGCCACUGGGUCGCAGGAGUCUGCAGCGUGGAGCAUUGCACUGACCCCACACGAUGUGUUCUGUCUAAAGACCAAAGAAGCUGUAAAUGUGCCAGAGGAUAUUAUGCUGACCAGUGCGAUAAAAAUGCUCUCAUCAAAGUUAUGUGUGACAGAGACUACAUAGCAAUCAGAGCUGCAGAAGAUUUCUUCAAGUAUCACAACGUGCCACUGGAGGCUUUGCAUUUGCCCAAUAAAUCUUGUCGUGCUCAGAGAGAAGUCAUCAACGAUGUGUCGUACUACAUGUCCAGGAUAUCCAAAGACAAAUAUUUGACCUGUGGAGGCAAGCUGGAGAAAAACUUAACUCACAUCUCAUAUUCCCUGAGUCUACUAUCAGACCCUCAGGUUAUUGGAAACAUCAUCAGAGAUCCAGUUAUAAAGUUGAACUACACGUGUGUCUACCCGUACAUCCGAAGACUCAGCCUGCCAUUCCCUGUCGUCCCUUUCUCCAGUGACACAGUGAUGCGUGUCCAUGAACUUGAUGCCAAGAUAGAGAUGAUGCUGUAUACAGACCACACCUACACUAAGGCCUACAGCAGCGCUCCCACCAUUGAACUCAGAGAAAAGGUGUACGUGGAGGUGACGGUGACAGAGCCUGCAGAUUUCUUCCUGCUGCGGGUGAAUGAGUGUUGGGCCACGCAGUCUCCCCAGCCAAACACCACAGAGGAAUCGGUUCACACUCUGCUUCAAAAUGGAUGUGUGAAUGACCAAACUGUCUCCUUCCUCAACAUGAGUAAGGAACAGUCUGGCCGUAACGGAGAAAGCUCCACCAUUCGCUACAGCUUUGACAUGUUUCGCUUCACGGCUGAACCUCAUGAUCUCUAUCUGCACUGCACCGUGCAGCUCUGUGAGCCAGACGACCACAAGUCCUGCACACCUAAUUGUAAUUCUAUCAGUAAGAGAGAAGCAGUGAGAGCAGACCCGGUACAGGGCCUCCUGUCAUAUGGACCCAUCAGAAUCGAAAUGCCCGAUCGACCUCAAUCCAGCAUGCUGAUGGUGGUGUUGCUGCCUAUAGCAGGUGUUUGGACUGUGGGCUUCUUCCUCAUCAUCCUCAUCACUGUUGCCAAGGGGCAGCAGGAGGCUUGCACAAACUAA